AUGGCCGGUGGCGUGCUUGGCAGAAGGUUUUGCCCACCGAUUCCGUGUGCCAGCAACCAAAGGAAGGGUGGUAAGGAGAGGGAACUGCUGAGCGUACGGAAGCUGCAGGGAAGGGAAAAGCGCAGCAGUGGGCGUACGGACGGUAAGGGGGCGGCAAUGGCGUCCGCUGGAAUCGGGGAAGACCAUGCCGGCUCAGGGAACGGAGGUGUGUGGGAGUUGGCCUAA